GUUGGCAGUUUAUUAAUGGCGACCGCGGGUGACGGGUCGUUUGUCUGGAAACUGUCACUAUUUAUUAUUUUAGAUAUUUAAGUGUAGACACUGUGUUUACGUAAACAUGACGGGAAUUUUGCCUUCCUACCAACGAUUUGUUAAUGGAGUUCCUGUGCCGUCCAUUUCCCGACGAUCCUUUCGCUUACGAGAGAAAUAUUUGAUUGUUUCUGUACUUUUGACAUUCGGGAUCGUGUGGUUAGGUGCACUGUUUUACCUGCCAGAGUUUAAAAGUUCCAAUAGUGUGAACGAUAGUGUUUACAAUGUAUAUAAGAGAAUUCAGAAGGCUGGGCCCGAGCUGCUCAUGCCUCCGCCGCUGGCACAAAACGACGUCGGAGACUUUCCCGUCGUGGGGAUCGCUCACCACGGUGGAGAGGGUGAUGAUCCUCACAUAGUGGAAGAUAGGAACCGUUUGCGAGCUAAGAUAGAGGAGGACAUGGGCAUGAAAGUGUUAGAAAGGCCUCAGUUCGAUGUAGCACCUUCGAUUUCUUCGUCGCGAGGACCUAGCAAGCCUCCAGUAGAUGCGAUUGAGGAGCCCGCGGUCGGUAACAAUGCAGCUAGCAAGGACGUGUCACCGUCAGGACCUAAGGCAGAAAGCUCCAAUAAGUUUGUGGCUGUGGUACAGGCACCUGGAACAGAUCCUGAUCUAAAAAACAAACUGGAAACUGUCAAAAAGAUGAUGAUGCACGCUUGGAACAACUACAAGCUGUACGCUUGGGGUAAGAACGAGCUGAAGCCGAUUUCGAAGCGAGCUCACCUAUCGAGCGUGUUCGGCGCGGGCGAGCUGGGCGCCACCAUCGUGGACGGGCUCGACACGCUCUACCUGAUGGGGCUCAACGACGAGUUCCGAGAGGGCAGAGACUGGGUCGCGCAGCAUUUACAUAUUAAUGAAAUAGAUUCUGACCUAUCAGUUUUCGAGACGACUAUCCGCUUCGUUGGAGGUCUCCUGUCGUGUUUCGCCCUGACUGGGGACACCAUGUUCAGGGACAAAGCGGUUGAGGUCGCCGACGCUCUGCUGCCAGCCUUCGACACACCCACGGGACUGCCGUAUGCACUCAUCAACCCAUCCACUAAGGCGAGCCGGCAGUACCACUGGGCGGGACCGAACAGCAUCCUCUCCGAGCUGGGAACCCUCCACCUCGAGUUCACCUACCUCAGUGACGUCACCGGCCGUGAUAUCUACAGGCAGAAAGUGAGCCGCAUCCGUGAGGUGCUCAACAACAUUGAGAAGCCUGGUGACCUGUACCCGAACUUCAUCAACCCUCGCACCGGCCAGUGGGGACAGAGGCACAUGUCUCUGGGCGCGCUCGGCGACUCAUUCUACGAGUACCUGCUGAAGGCGUGGCUGAUGAGCGGCGGCGGCGACGAGCAGGCGCGCGUCAUGUUCGACACCGCCAUGCAGGCCGCGCUCGACAAGAUGCUGCGCGUGUCGCCCUCCGGUCUCGCCUACCUCGCCGAGCUCAAGUACGGAAGGAUCAUAGAAGAGAAGAUGGACCAUCUCUCCUGCUUUGCCGGUGGAAUGUUCGCAUUGGCAUCUACAACUUUGGACAACACCCUAUCGGAGCGGUACAUGGACGUGGCGCACAAGCUGACCAACACCUGCCACGAGAGUUACGCGCGAUCUGACACCAGACUCGGACCAGAAGCCUUCAGAUUCUCCGGUGCCGUAGAGGCACGUGCGCAAAAGAGCAACGAGAAAGUGUACCUCCUGAGACCAGAGACCUUCGAGAGCUACUUCAUCAUGUGGAGACUGACCAAGCAGCAGCGGUACCGCGACUGGGCCUGGGAGGCCGUUGAGGCUCUGGAGAAGCACUGCCGCGUGGAGGGCGGCUACACGGGGCUGGUCAACGUGUACCACCAGGUGCCGCAGGGAGACGACGUGCAGCAAAGCUUCUUCCUCGCCGAGACACUCAAGUACUUAUACCUGAUCUUCGCCGACGACUCAUUCCUGCCCCUUGACGAGUGGGUGUUCAACACCGAGGCUCACCCGCUGCCCAUCAAAGGCAAGAACCCUCUCUACCGCGAGGCCCAGAAACCCAUCGCAGUUGCAGGCGCUGAAGACAACAGGCUAUAAACACAUAGUAACAUGUACUUUGUUUUUCAAAUUGUUUUGUUUCUAAUGCCGAUCACUGACUUUCGCACCAACGUCACAUAUUCGUGAAUCCUACAUGGGACAAAUUCGCCGAGCAUUGUUUCCGGCAUCCCCAGCAGUGUCAGUGUCUGAGUGUGCGAGUGAUUGCUACCUAACAUGAUCGUAUACAUUCGUAUGUGUGUGAAGGUACGCUCAUGUGAGGAAUCGAUGACUGUUUCACCGUGCAGCUGUGACCUAAGCUCGUAUUAUGAACCGCUUAAGCUAAUUGUCUGGUUUUGAAAGAGAUAGCUCUGUCUUCCAUAUAGCUUCAUCUCUCUUUAUCGGCAAAACAGUUGGUUCAGUACCGCAAUGGCCUCUGCACGCGAGUCACGUCGUGAUUGCUUAUUAAGUUUUCGCGACGGCAUUUUAACCUUUAGUCUUGUCUUAAAAUAAUAAAGAAAUACAGCAAAAAUAUUAAAGAAAUAGUUAAUUCGUUACUUAUUGGAUAUGUAUAAAAAGCUGUAUAUGUUUCAUUGGUUGAUAUUUAAAUUAAUUCGAAUAGCUAGCUACAUUUUUUAUUAAACAUUUAUAUGUAUAUGAAAUAUGAAAUUAUAUGUUGUUAUAAACUUAGUUGACUAAAAAUAAUGACAUAUUCUUACAUGCUAAUCGCCACAUAACUUAUGAUAAGUACAUACCCCUAUAACUUAAUUGGUAACACUACAAGCUCUUAUGAUAUAUCCUACGUAUAAUCUCAGACAUUUGGUACGUAGUAUUAAAUUAUAAAACUAUAGCUAAUAAAUUUAUUGAAUGUGUAUCGCAUAAAUCGAUAUAAUUUUUAAACCAAAAUUACUUUCAAAUAUCAGAGACCUCUCGGUUAACAGAUAUUAUAUUUAAAUAAUUUCAUUGUUUUUGAUAUUGCAGUUGAUCAAUCAAUAAGGAAAUUAUUAUUAAAUUAAUCAGCGUUGUAAAUCAUAGGUCAGUUUAAAUAAUUGAAAAAAGAAACAACCGCAAAGAAAUCAUUAAUCUGGUGGUUAUUUGUCGAAAUUCUUGAAUGCUUUGAAAACAAAAUCCCAUGACUAUAACAAGUCUCGCCGCGUCCGUUACAAAUUAGGGUGAUGUUGCUCAAGUCAAUUAGUAGAUGGGAUGACGUCACGUUCGUAGUGUAGAUAAACCAGUACUAAUCAACGCAGUUCAAAUAUCCGUGAUCUCAAUCGUCAUUGUAACACGCCACAAAUUAUAUGAUAAAUAGUAGCUUCCUUAUUCAAUUUUAAUGCCAGAAUCUUUCGCAGUUUCGUUAAAAGUGAUAUCUGUUGCAAAUUUCAUUUAUAGUUUAUAUUGAUUCUGAAAGUCAUUCCCAUUAUUUCGUUGAUUGACAACGUAAUUCAUUAUAUUUUUUAUAUGUAUAUUAUUAUUUUUUAGAAUUAUUAUUUAUUAGUUAUGAAUACUCACCGGGAAGUACUUUAUUUUGUAGGGAAAAUUAUUACUAAAACUGAUUAAAAUCUCGUAGUGAGAUGAAAUUCGAUUGAGAUUAAAUAUUGACGACAAAUAUUGCGAUGUGUGACUCAAAGGGCUCAGUUAUAUCGACCAAUGUUAACUUAAUGUGGGCAUUACUAAGUAAUAUGCACAAAACUAGGAGUUUCUUAGGUGUUUGUACGUGGCUUCGAGUACAUGCAACAUGUGGUUAGACAGCUUUGAUAAUGUAGUACUGGUGUAAUCGAUAAACAUUCGUAUGAAUGUGUACAAACAACACGUUUACAUAUUUCAAGUUUUAUCAAUUAAAAGACAAUGCUUGUGAUUGUAUGUAUGGUGAUUAAAAUUGUAUGUUCCAAUUUAAAAUAUGAUGUUCUCGAAGCCACAAGUCUAUUCUAUCAUGUCUAUGCUUAGCUAAUAUUAUAGUAGUGGACGAGGAGGCGCCCGCGCCGGCGACACUCACAUAAUGUCGCACUUUCAAAUCGUUAUUACGAAUAAACACUCGCCACGUUAAAUUUUAAGUAGAUUUUUACCUACUGAUAUGUAAUUUAACUGAUAACUUAAAUAUGAAACUAUUUUUAUUUAUUGAACCCUAUUAUUUACUUUCUUAUUAAUAAUGUAGUUUUCAUUUGUGUCAGAUCUCGUAUUUAUAAACUUGAAAUAUAUUUUCUAUAUUCUUUUUUAAAACUUAUCAUAAUAAUUCGGUUUAACAAACUUACAUAUCUGAACGAAAUUUGUAGUGAGUUUAAACUUGUUAGUAAGUAAUAAAUAUAAUAGAGGCAUGGAUGUAACACCUGGACCGGCCUAUGGAGGAAUUAGUUCAAACUUGUGAGUGAUUCAGUUACUGUUUAUUGUAGACCAUGUACGUACCUGCAGAGAUAUAAACAUCUGUGUCAAUGUUACACAGAACGUGGAACACUUGUGUCACCUGCUAUCAGUGCAGUAAACGGGUACGGGCCGAGUCGCUUUGUUCAUUUUGUGAUUUAAUAUACAAAGUUACAUAAUAUAUUUUAUUAUAAUUUUCUGCACCUGUUAAUAAAGCAUAAAAAAUAAAUAAUUGUUCUUUGUAAUGAAUUCGUUGGAUUACGUUUGUUCUUCAUAGCGAGCCACAAAGCAUUGGAUCAGGAUCACUAACUGAUAUUAGAAAUCGUAGUUGGAAUAACUGUAAAUUGUGUAUAUAAUAGUCAUAGAUAAUAAAAUAUUUUAGUUCUAGGUUUCUGUGUGUAGAUUUACAUUGUUAUUUUUUUAAAUUAAGAGAUGUGGGUGUGCGUCCGUUGAUGUACAUAUUUAUGUUUAUAAUAUUUAUGUUAAUUGUAUUUUGUACUGCCAUGUUACGCGGCGUCUGUUUGCGGGAACGUAUCAUCAUUGACAAUUACUAUCUUCCAUACAAUAAAUCCUUUUAUUCAAUAAUUGAAUUCCAUCAAUUUUGCAUAAAAAAUCCGUUCAAUUAUCAAAAUUUAUAUACUCAUCACAACUAAACUUCAACUAUGUCAGAUAUUUCAUAUACUUCGACAUAAUUUAUUUAUCUCGUUCAUGACGAUACGUUAAACGCAGAUGCCUAGAAAUUUAUGUAAGUCCCUCAGAGUGAAAAUACAAAAGGAACUCGAGUGAGAAUACUGUACACCGGUAGGCCACGAUCACAAGAGUCGUUAUCAACAACAAAACACAUCUUUAGAACUACUUACUAACCCAACCUACAUAAUUUAGACCAUUUAAUACUUAUUUCUAGUAAAUCAACGUUUUUGCACUAAUAUGCCUUUAGAUACCACGAAAUUAUAAUUUCAUUUCCUUUUAGCUUAUUGUUUAUAACCAAAUUAAAAAUGGCAUAAUAGGUAAUUAAUUAGACCUAAGAUAUGUUUGUGUCUAAUAUCUUAAAGUUUGUUUUAUCCCAUAUUAAAAUGUAUGUGUCGAAUGAUAUUGUAUAACUGUUAUAAACACUUUUAAAUGAAUACAAGUACGUGCGAUGAUGAAGCUCACCUUUUGUAUGUUAGUUGUUCCGUAUGUACUGCCUGUUGCGGUGUAUGUAUGAAGUUGUAGUAUUUAAAAUAAUAAUGUACAUUUUUCGGUUAUUAAUAAAACAUGUUUAUAAACAUUA